UGCAAACACACCUUGAAGCUGUUAAAAACACAACUUCACACACAUCUGUGGUCCAAAUGAUCCAUCUCAGUUCCUCAUAACAAACUCUUCCUCGCCUUGUCUGAAUUAGCUCCUGUGACCUGUGAGGAUUAUGAGGCCGACUUUAGCGCUUCUACAGUCACAGUGUCUCCUGUGUGUAUUUUUUGGAGUGUGUGUGCCCAGCGCUGCGGUGGGCUCGCUACCUCACGCACUACCAUGGCAUGUCUCCUGCCCGGUGCGGUGCGUGUGCCAGAUCAAGCCGUGGUUCUCCCCUGAUUCGGUCUACCAUGAAGCUCCCACUGUGGACUGCAACGACCUGCUGUUGACCAAGCUCCCCUUCCCCAUACCCCCGGACACACACACCCUACGUCUGCAGAGUAACCUCCUUUCUGAGCUCAACACUGUGGCGCUACACGGACUCCCCAACCUCACCGACCUUGACCUUUCCCAGAAUCGCUUCAGCCGUGUCAGGUUAAUAACUCAGAGCUCAUCCCUGCCCUCUCUGCUGUCUCUACACCUGGAGGAAAAUCACCUCAGUCACCUCCCUGAGGCCUCCUUCUCCUCACUGCCAGCUUUGCAGGAACUCUUUCUCAGCCACAACAACUUACACUCAAUAGCACCUGGGGCCUUCACCGGUCUGGACUCCCUGCUGCGUCUUCAUAUCAACAACAACAGACUCACCACCGUUGACCCUCGGUGGUUCAGGGCUUUGCCCCGCUUGGAAGUUCUCAUGCUUGGGGGAAACCCUGUAGAGGCUCUUCCUGAGCAAGGCUUCCUGGCCCUGAAAUCCCUCCGGAGUCUCGUCCUUGGUGGUAUGGGUCUGAGAGGCCUGGCUGAAAAAGCACUGGAAGGGUUGGAUGGCCUGGAGAGCCUCUCCUUCUAUGAUAACCUGCUGACCAGGGUUCCCACACAGGCGCUGAGGAGAGUGCCGGGACUGAAGUUCCUCGACCUCAACAAGAACCGCAUCAAACUGAUCGAGACGGGAGAUUUCCGGGACAUGAUCCACCUGAAAGAGCUCGGCCUGAACAACAUGGAGGAGCUUGUUUCUAUUGAGAAAGCUGCCCUGGAGAAUCUUCCAGAGCUCACCAAGCUGGAGAUCACCAACAAUCCACGUCUGUCCUACAUUCAUCCGCAGGCGUUCCUUCAGCUCAGCAGGCUGGAGAGCCUAAUGCUCAACUCCAACUCUCUCAGCGCUCUGCACCAGCACAUCAUGCUCUCCCUGCCCAGGCUUCAGGAGAUCAGCUUACACUCCAACCCACUACGAUGUGACUGCCUGUUUCACUGGGCCGCCAAGGAGGCCUCUCGCCCUCACACCGAGAAAGACACACAAACAGAUACACAAGCAGCUCGGAUGGUGCGUUUCAUCCAACCCCAGGCCACCUUGUGCUCUGAACCACCAGAGCUGCGAGCCCGAAGGGUGAGAGAGGUGUCUUCCAGGGAGAUGUCGGCCUCCUGCCUCCCCAUGAUCCCCACCAGCUCCCUCCCUUCCUAUGUAGGAGUAAGAGAGGGAGGCAAAUUGGUUUUGCACUGUAGAGGUCUUGCAGAUCCACCGCCGGAAUUGUACUGGGUGACUCCCUCUGGGCUGAGACUUGGUCCUGCACCCAGCCAUGCAACCAAAGGUUUACCAGCUCCUGCUCGCAGCCACAGCCUGACAGCCUCUAAAGGAUUCAACCACACAUCUGCCUCCGGCGUUUCUCACGGCCAGGCUCAAGAUGAUACUCCCUGUGUUCCUUCCAAACACUACCGGCUACUGCCUGAGGGAACUCUGGAGAUCAACAAGGUCACUCCCAGCGAGGCGGGAUUGUAUACGUGUGUUGCUGAGAAUGCGCUGGGAGCAGAUACACGCAGUGUUACUGUGGGUGUGCAUAGCAGAGAAAAGAAAAGAAAAAGGGGAAUGUCCUCUAAUCUGAAGAGAUUUCCAUUAUUCAGCGUGGAUGCCAGGUUGGAGGUGAGGGAGGUCGGACAAUACUACGCUAUCCUUUCCUGGCGGAGCGGGCGCAACCUCCCCUCAACUCGCCUGUCUUGGCAAGCCAUAUACUCAAACACUCCUACAUACACCACACGCAUCCUGGCUGGCACACAGAGUUUCAACCUGACCCACCUGCAGGCAGAGACAUUUUAUCGCGUGUGUCUACAUUUAGGGAUCAGUGAGGAUGCCAAGCAUGCCAACAGGAGAUCAAGAGAGAGCAGAAAGCCUCAGUGUGUGUCGUUCAGGACAAAGGAUGUCCCAGAGCCUGAGCCCGGCCUGCAGCUAAGCCCAGAGCUGACCUCCACAGCAGUUACACUUCUGCUCCUGGCGCUCAUACUGCUGCUGCUGGCAGGACAGGGCUGGGACACUCAGCCCAGUGAGGGGCCAGAAAAGGUCAACAGCACCCUCCUCCAGGAAAUCGAAAGUCCCAAGGCUCUGAUCAUCAAACAAAAGACAGAAGGGAGCAACGAACAUCAGCCAAAGCGGAGCAGUAAAAUAAACGAGGAUUGCUGAGAUAAUUACAUCUGUGGACACUCGAAUACAGACAAAAACACACACUUACAGACAUACAAAAUGUCAAAUACACACUUUGAAAAUCACAGCUAGUAGAGAAAAGUCAUAGAUCAGAGACAUGGUAUAGAAAGAGAUUUGUAUUUAUUUUAUAUACAGUAUAAAAUAUAUAUUGACAUUGUUUCUGUGUUAAGAUGUAUUGUAAAGAAUGCCUAAACCCUAACAAGGGAAAUUAAACUGGACAAUCAUACUCCUGCUGUACAAAGCGAACACAGGAGAAACAAGUCUGAGCUGCUGAUGACCACUGGACUGAAACUGAAGAAAACUUGAUUCAAUCCAAGCACAGGUAUUUACAGAAGAGAGCAGCUCAGACCUCCAGGGUAUUUUGAUCAUGUUUCCUGUCUACAUGUUCCACAGACUGAACCAUUCUUUCUCCAUGUAGAUGAAACUCUGCCUUGAGACUGAUAGUGAAUGAAUUUCCUGCUUGUUUGGGCUUUGUGAAUCAAAGUGUUUGAUGUAAACAACCCUUCUGCUUAGCUUUCAGUACCUUGGAAUGGGUUGUCCAUCUUGCCGUGCAUAGACAGUAUACUCAUCCAGAUUUCCUGCCUAACGUCCAACAUCCUCUUUCAGCAUAAAAGUGAUCCAGAAGUGAUUGUGUUAAAUUC